AUCAACAUGUAUUUUUCUUCCAACGCCUAGAGCAUACUACGUAGGUCUACGUAGAGAAAGUACAAUUUUUGGGGUUGGGUCAGUUUUUUCAUUAACCUCCUUUUACUUGCGUCGUUUUCCACCCACGGAAACUACAUGGGGGUGACUCUAGGGAAUGAGUUCUUUGAGUGCAAAGGCAGGCAGAGUUUGUGGUGCCAGUUCGGGCUUGUCUCAAAGUUGAAACAAGUUGAAUGGACGGGAAAGGUCGAAAUCAAUUGCAGCUGCCGAUCAGUCUGGGCCAAUCAGAUCAGCUGGUUGACCAGAAUUUCUGAAUGAUGUUCUUUUCCAGCUGCGUAUCCAGGGCAACAUGUUUGCUUUGGUCUUUGGCUGCAAGGCAACCGACAUGGGCGAAUGCCACCAUGUCUCACAGGAUGUUGGAAUGGGCCUAUUCCAGCUUCAGCAGAGUGAACACCAGGUACCUGCCUGACUCAGGUACCUAGAUGGCCAUAGAGUGGACGUGUCCCAGUUCGUUGUGUCCAACCAUUUGGUACCGACCCCCACCCUCCAAACGACGACGCGACGCACGGUCCACAGUGAAACUUGGAGGACUCUCGUUUUCCGGGCAUCACUGGCAAUCCGGAAUCCGGUUGUGACUGACAUGGAGUCCGCAAGUCGCGCUAGUGUUAGUUGGCCAUCCCAGAUAUUCCCAGAUGCUUUGAAGUCUGAGAGGGGUACACACGCUCUGUGUGUUCAUGUCCGUAAGUGCUUUGGAUGCAAAGGUCUACUUGUGAAUUUGAAUUCUGGAUAAGCUUGUGAUGGUAAACCUUAGCAGCCUGCUAAUUGUGGACAAGAUUGGUUGGCAUGAUGCUCUAGCUCCCCCCUAAGCACGAGGGUGGUGAAUAGCAAUCUUCGCAGCAGGGGCUUGUCAUGCCACUUCUUGUGUCAGCAUGACAAAGGCCGCUUUGGCGUGUGAGAACUGCUGCCAUUUGGUUCUCCUAUGUUCUCCUGUGAGCACUGGUUCGAUUCGUUUGGUCGCUUGCAGAUCUUGUGGAGGUCAAGGCCACGUUUCGCCCAUGCCCUGCAUUACACUAUGACACUAAUUUGGAUGACCAAAAACUCCCGUUUGUAAGGGAAAGCCACGCUAUCCACUUCGGGACCAUGCCAUCCACUUCCAUAUGUGAUGUGUGGAGCGUUGGACUUUGACGUCUUUGGCCAGUGCCGUCCUGUCGGACAGUGCCGUUGAUGCAGUGCUCUCUCUCUCUCUCUCUCUGUUUGCCCAUGAGGUUGCCCACCACUUGAUGUCUUUGGAUGAGACCGUCAGGGUGGUGGAAUGGAACGAUCAGGCGGAUUGGCCCCUGUGCCCCUCGAUUGGCCGCAGUGGCCUCACCUUUGAGGUGGGCCCGUGCCCUUGGGGAUGUUUAGAACCAGAGCUCUUCCAGCAAUCUCGCAGGCUGGUGAUGGCCUUGCUUGAUUACGUCGAGAAGCACAACAGCUUGGUCGCCUCCGGGUCCCCCACACGCCAGGAGGUGUCCAUGAAGGUCUUCCGCUCCAUCGGUGUCUCCAUCGACUACCCGCGCGCCGGCGAGGACCCCGUGGGCCACGUGCAUCCGGCCCUGCAAGGCCAGGACUUCCGGGAGCUCCAAGAGGGUGACCCGAUCUUCAUGACCUUUGAUGGGGAGGAGAUGACGUUUGACCGGAAAGCUCACAAGGUGCCUGAGAAGUACGAGAGAGUCUACGCCUUGUUCGUGAACGAAGCGGCUUACUAUGAGAAGAAGGUUGCCCUGAUGCUAAUGAGCUGCGGAGAGGCGACUUUCUCCAAGCUAGCGAGCUGAGAGCACGGUGGCCGCGCGGCCACCUGUGUGUGCGGAACGGGCAAUUUUCGGUGACAGCACAACGGGCAAUUUUCGCGAAA